GGUAAUUUGAACUCAGACGAUGCAAAUCUCGACAAUCUCGGCAAUACCACAACUUGAGGGGUCUUUCUCCUGAUCUCAGCUCCGAAGAAUAUUGGUCGGCAUGGUUGGAGUGGCAGGGCGAUCUAAAGCAUGUCACACGUGCAGGCAGAGGAGAAUCAGGUGUGGCGCUGAAAAGCCGAGUUGUAGUAACUGCCUCAAGUCCGGUCGACCCUGCGCAGGUUAUCAUAAAGCACAGGUCUUUAUACCAUCCCGUUACGCAAAGAUAACCAAUACUGGAGGAAUAACUUUGGAUGCACCUCUAUCUCUGUCGCAGUGCAAGUCAAACAAGCAUCACUCAUAUGGACAUCAAAAUCUUCCGAUAUCCACGUUUCCGAUGUCGAUAUCAGCACGCAACGCGACCAGAGAUCAGUUCUUAGCCAAUUUCAUCGACCGUCAACUUCCAUCUUGUAUCCUCACCUCCGGUCACCUCAACGACCAUCGGAAGUGGCUUCUUCGCCUACCCGACGUAGCAGUACUGACACCGGCCAUGGAGCACGCUAUCUUAGCACUCAGCACCGCGGCCUUUGACAAAGAUGGCGCCCUUGGUGGUCAGAGCCUAAAGCUAUACACUAGAGGACUAUACGAGCUACAAAAGGCCAUUGAUGACCCCAAAAUGAGAUCAGACGAUCAAACUCUUGCAGCCUGCGUCUUACUGGGCAUGUUUGAGUUCUCAGAAUGUCCAGGUAGAACUGUCAGCGCAUACAUGCGGCAUUAUCAGGGGGCUAUGGCUCUGUUGCAGCUUCGCGGACCCAAGCAGCACAUCGGUGGACUGGCGCAUGAUGUCUUCCAAGUAUUGAGGAUGCAUACUGCUUUUCAAGGUCUGGGCCAAGGCCACGCAAGCCAACUAGCCAAGUCAGCAUGGAUGGAAGGACCAUGGAUCUCAAAAUCAAAAACUAUGCAUGAUCUACUUGUCGAUAUAUUUCUGCAAGUUCCCGGACUUCUCUCUGAGGUCAGAGCGGCUACAUCUUUACAGCCCCGGCAGUCCUCGCUUACUACCGGCCUCAAAACAUUAUCGGCAUUGUUAGCUCUCAAUAGUCAACUCAAUGAAUGGUUCGAGUCAUACCAAUACACUUGCCCGACACUUUACUGGCCACAGCUAUCAGCCGCUAGUAGCUCUACAGACAGUGAGGAGCUAGGAAGACUCUACCCAGUGUCAUUCCACUUUCCGUCCUACCAUGUAGCGGAGACUAUGAUACUUUACUGGACGGUACAGAUCUUGAUACAUGCCAGUAUUUGCUCCCUUUCCUCUACAUUACCAUCUAGCGAGACGAAGGACAUCACAACCUUCGAGGGUGAUAAUCGGUCAGCUAAAGACAACGAUGACAUGUCUCUUGCCGACAUACAACAUAUAGUCGAGACGUCAGACUUCAUGUUAUGGCCAGAGACAUCAGCUCGCUACAUCUGUCAGUCAGUGGAGUAUUUAUUCCAACAAGAGUUUCGUGGCAUAGGCGCUGGAAUUGUUCUAUCACCAUUAUUGGUGGUCAAAGCAUGCCUAUGCAGAUCAGCACGGGACUUUUCUAGAGAAAUUGCUUGGAUCGACGAGACAAUUGGGCGCAUUCAGUAUAAUGGGGCGGGAUUAGCGGCUUGCGUUUAGCUAAUGAUCUAAUUUGACAAAUCCCUCUGCUACCACGUUCUCAAGAAUCGCUCUCAUCCUCCUCAUCCCUCGGUUCCCAUUGACCCAUAUAGUAUAACAGCGCUUUGUUUUCUCCAAGAGGCAUUUCACCAUAAAAGUGAGCUUCCAUACCAUAAUUCACAUCUCGGUAG